UAUUAGAGAAGCAAUUGAAAAGAUUUUUAUGCAUAAAUGUUAAAUUUCAUCUAUUGCAAUUGACUUUCAUUUAAUUUUACUUAUUGUCAUCCAUUGAUUGGUGGAUAAGAUCUGAAUGAUGUACAGAAGAAGAGCAUGAUUUUUGAACAAUCCGAUUCAAAUAUUUGGGCGCAACACAUUUUCUCAACGUACAAAAACAACUUCCAAUUUAUGCUGCAUUUAUCAUAAAUUCUUUACAUGAUUAUUUAUUAUUCUCUCCUUUUACUUUCCUGAUGUUUAUUGAUUCACUUCCUCUUAUUUAAUAAGGAAAUUUAUGUAAAAUGAAUUUCAUUUUACUAAAUUUACACAUAUUUUUAAAUUGCAUCCUGCUUGCUUAUUGAUAAUGAAAGUUUCUAAAAAUGACGGUGUUGUUGUCUAGAAUUCUGUUUAGCAAUAAUUAUUGCUAAAUAUCGGAAACGCAAGCAAUUGAAAGUCUUCCUGUUUUAAUGUUGUGAUCUGGACCUGCAGUAAAGAUGUUAUUAAAUAGUGAGAUGGUCAGACUUUGCUAUCAAAUAUCAAGUCAGAAGAUCCCAAGAAAGAAGAAGUUAGGAAUUAACAUACUUGAAAUGUCGACAAGCUAUAAAAACAUAAGUGGUGUCAAAUUUAAAAGGAAGAAAGGAAUUUAUCAUUGUAGAAGUUGCAGCAAAGAAUUUACUGCUAAAAGAAAUUUGAUAAUUCAUCGGAGGAUACACACGGGAGAAAAGCCUUUCGUUUGCCAUAUUUGCGAUAGGAGGUUUAAUCAAAUGGGCAAUUUGCAGACUCAUAUUAGGGUUCACUCGGGAGAGAAGCCAUUCUCCUGUGAUCAGUGCCAACGCAGCUUCACGCAGAAAGGAAAUCUGAUCACUCAUCUCCGAAUUCAUACCGGUGAAAAGCCAUUUAAUUGCGAACUUUGUUUUCGAAGGUUUUCCGACAAGUCUGCAUUGCGAAGUCAUGUAAAGAUUCACACCAAAGAAAGAGAAAAUUUGAUAUUUCUAUGAAGAUUUUAUGCAAAAUUUGUAAAGUAUUGUUUCUUUUGAAAAAUGAUCUACUUCGUGAUUUUUUUACAGCGUAAGAA